AUGACGGACAUGUCUUCCUCCUCCACUUCCAAUUUCUCAGCACCUAGACGUGUCCCUACCACUACAUUCGACACCAUCCUCCCACCUGAAAAGAUCAUCACCUGGGAGCAGGAGGACGCGGCCGCAAAGAAGAAGCGCUCCUCUACGGAGCUUGCAGCCAAGGCAAAGUCAAAGGUUGGUACUACCAUGAAGUCAGCCUUGAGCAAGGCUGAUCAAGUGAAGAACGUGGUGAGCAAGGCAAGGGCGAAGCGGGAGACGGACAAGCAGAUCAGGAAGGCUGAGAAGGAACAUCAGAAGGCAACCCGCUGA